GGAGCUGUGAUUGGCACAGGAGGCCAGUGGGCAGCCCACAUUCCCUGGAUCCCAAAAGGAGUGGCUCCCCUGCCUGGCAUUGCUCCUCUGUGCUCUCCUUGGCCCUGGGUAGGGAUGAGGGCACUGGCUGCUUCCCAGUGGUCAGCAGAAUACUCACGAAGGAGCAGCCGCCACAUCCUGUGUCUUCCAACUUUGACCCAAGUAUGCAAGGCCUCUCCGAUGGGCUCAGCCUGGACGAUUUCAUCCCUAGUCACCUCCGGGCCCAUCUAGGCCGAUCCUCCCGGGGGACAAGGGUGCCUGUGAUCCGGAAUGGUGGCUCCAACACCCUUAAUUUCCAGUUCCAUGACCCUGCGCCCAGGACUGUGUGCAAUGGCUAUGCCUCACCCAGGCGAGAUGGUUCCCAGCAUUCAGACUCAGCAUGGUAUCAGACCUGGCCAGGCCCUGGGAGCCGACCCUCUUCGAGUCCGAAGCAGCCUGCCUCCCAGCAUGCCCAGAACUGGUCAGCCACAUGGACCAAGGACAGCAAGCGACGGGACAAGCGCUGGGUGAAGUACGAGGGAAUCGGGCCUGUGGAUGAGAGCGGCAUGCCCAUUGCUCCCCGAUCUAGUGUUGACAGCCCCAGAGACUGGUAUCGGAGAAUGUUCCAGCAAAUUCACCGAAAGAUACCAGACCUGCAGUCAGACUGGACAUUGGAAGACUCACCCAAAGUGGUUUCCUCGGGAGCCUCUUCUGCGGAACCCAGGCAUCCAGGGCCCCAGCAAAAACCUGCUUCCAGGCCUGGUACCUCUCUGACUUCUAGCAGAAGAAACUGGAACCACUCUGAAGAGACAUCUAGAGACGCCUUUAACUAUAAUCUUGGGUCAACUUCUUCGGGGUUCCACCCCUCAAAUCAGGUACCCAGACAUCGAGAGAAAGUAGAGAGUGUCUGGACAGAUGACUCCUGGAACCAGUUUCUGCAAGAACUAGAAUCUGGGUAUAAGCCCAAGAAACCACUGGUGGAUGACCCUGCCGAGAAGCCUAACCAGCCCAUUGAGGUCCUGCUAGAACGAGAAUUGGCCAAGCUGAGCGCAGAGCUGGACAAGGACCUGCGGGCCAUUGAGACCCGCCUGCCAUCCGACAAGAACUCUCAGGCUCCACGACGGUCCUCUGAGCAGCCAGUCCAGGAGCAGCGGCCCUCCGCCCGCCAGUCCUCAGCCUGGAGGCCCAGCUCCCCGCAUGCACCCUCCUUCGGCUCUUCCCGACCCCUGAGCCCCCACAGAAUGGCAGAUGGCGGAGGAAGCCCCUUUCUGGGACGUAGAGAUUUUGUCUACUCUUCCUCAGCCCGAGAACCUAAUGCCUCUGAAAGGGGUAGCAGCCCAGCGAGGAGAGAGGAGAAGAAGAGGAAAGCUGCCCGGGUCAAGUUUGAUUUCCAGGCUCAGUCCCCCAAGGAGCUGACUCUACAGAAGGGUGACAUUGUCUACAUCCAUAAAGAAGUGGACAAGAACUGGCUGGAGGGGGAGCACCAUGGCCGGCUGGGUAUCUUCCCAGCGAACUAUGUGGAGGUUCUGCCUGCUGAUGAGAUCCCCAAGCCCAUCAAGCCACCUACAUACCAGGUGCUGGAGUAUGGAGAUGCUAUAGCCCAAUAUUCGUUCAAGGGAGAGGUGGAGGUGGAGCUGUCCUUCCGAAAGGGGGAGCGCAUCUGCCUGAUCCGAAAGGUGAACGAACAUUGGUAUGAGGGGCGAAUCACGGGCACAGGACGCCAAGGCAUCUUCCCUGCCAGCUACGUGCAGAUAAACCGGGAGCCCCGGGUCCGGGUCUGCGAUGACAGCCCCCAGCUCCCUGCAUCACCUCACCUGACAGCCGCGUCUCGUCCAGCCAGUCACUCCAGCUCCCCCUCAACAAGUGUGGACCCCACUGACUGGGGAGGUCGGACCUCCCCUCGCCGUAACAUGUUCCCCUUCCCCAUUAACCUUCAGGAGCCCAGAUCUCAAACCCAGAAUCUCAGUACCCCUGGACCAUCCCUGUCCCAUCCUCGAGGCACCAGCCGUCCUGUAGACCUGGGGGCCUCCUCCCCAAGCACCACAGAGAUACACUGGACUCCGUACCGGGCUAUGUACCAGUACAGGCCCCAGAAUGAGGACGAGCUGGAACUUCGUGAGGGAGACCGUGUGGAUGUCAUGCAGCAAUGUGACGAUGGCUGGUUUGUGGGAGUCUCCCGGAGAACUCAGAAAUUUGGGACAUUCCCUGGAAAUUAUGUAGCCCCUGUGUGAGUGGUCUCUAUGGCAGUUUGGAGCCAACGAGGAUGGGGUGGGGAGCAGUAGCACUAUGGGAGGGAGAAAGGUCCCCCCCCACAUCCUCUUCCCCCAGGACCUGUGCUCCCAUCAUCUGCAGAGACCCCACCAACUCUCCCUCCAAGCCCUCUGAAGUCCCCUGGAUUGAUUCCCACCCGCAAGUCACAGGCAUUCCUUUGACAGCCUUCUUCACCACCCCUCAAAUACAGAUGUCUGCUUUCAUGUGGAGACUGUCUCCAGGCCUUAUUGAGACCAGACCCCCAAGCCUCCAUCCCCCAGCAUUUCCCCUAAUGGGGACUGGCUCUCACUUCACCCCCAUGGGGUUCCUCUAAUAAGAACCAGCCUCCUACCCUGGUGGAGACCAAAGGCCUCCUCCCAUUUUUCACCAGCUUGCCUGCUUCCACUUUGCCUUCUGGCCUCCAGCUGGACCUAGACACAAGGUGGGGAACACCUUCUCAGCUUUCAAGGUCCAGUGAGAGGCCUUGCCUCAAGGCUUCCUCCUCCCAGAGCCCCUGGGUAGGGCCUCCCCUUAAAGCCCUAACAGACUGAGGCACACAACUCCCCUGGCCUAACAGAAGGUAGAUUUACAGGGACACUUGCUUGCUGCCCUAAUUCCCAGCUCUUUUCCAUGUCCAGGUCCACUCUGGAAGAGAAUGUAAAAUAAACACGGAUAACAAGGA